GUUACAUGAAAAGUAAUGAAGUUAAAAUUUUAGUUUAUCCCUUUUAUUUUGCUCGGUUCAUUUUCAAAGCUUUAUCAAUCGUAUUUAAACCUAGGAUUGGAAUAAUAAGAUGUGUAAUCAAGUAUAGGCCUAAUCGAAGGGCCGCAACCACACAUUGACAUUUUAGAACAUAUAUAUUGAUGAGAAAAAGAGCAAGAAAAAAACUAGAAGAAACAUAAAAAAAAAUUCAAAAGAAAUCAGUAUGUCUAAAUCAAAGACAAAGCUGCAUUCAAAGUUGAAAGAGGGUAAAGAUGCGGAGGACAAUGAUCAUUCUAAAAAGACGGAGUUUCCAUUUCUUAUUUUGACACAAGUCAAAUGUGAGGAACUUAUAAAGAUGACAGUCAAUGAAAUUGAGAGUGAAUUGGCAAUUUUCUUUAAGCUUCAACCUGCAACAGACCUGAAAGAUGCAGCCAUUUUAGAUUAUUAUGUUGGAGCUGCCUACUGGGCUAAAGAACAAGGAUACAAUGUGAAACAGUUUGCUGGUUUCUUUUCUAUAUGUUAUCAACUGCUGCAUAAAAUUCAAGAAGAACAUUGCUCCAUGGUAGAUUUAUUUAAAACAUAUCACCACAAGCUUGCUGGCAUAGGCACAGAGGACAAACUUGGUGAUUUAGAUUUCUUUAAUAUAGAGCAAGCCAAACAUAUAACUGACUAUUUACAGUCAAGCAUAUUUCAGCAUUUUAAAUUGUACGAUUUCUUGUUCACAAAACCACAGAUGGAAGAAAUUAUGAGCUGCAAUCUGACUUUGGAAGUCCCAUUACCAGCCAAAACACCUUACCCACCCCCUUUGGAUGAAGCACUGUCUGAAAGUGUUUACAAAGAUUAUUUAGUAUUACCCCUUUCAUCAUCAUCAGACAAAGUAGAAGAUUCAGUGACAUCGAGCUCCUUGCUGUUUGAUGUCAGUUUACCUGAAGAUGUUGAGGAUUUAUUUGCAAAACUCACUCUGGAGGAUGUUAAAACUAUUAUUCAAGAAGUUACCACUGAAGUUAUACAAAAUUUGCAGACCAGUUUGGAUAACAAAAUUAAGGCUCAGGAAGCAAAUGUGUUGGCGAAAAUUAAUAAAAUUAAAGUUAUUCCUUUAGAAGAGCCUGCUGCACCAAGCAAUGUUUGAAGAAGAAGAAAAAUUUAUCUUUCUGUUAUAGGCCAAUUUAUAAACACAUUUCUAAUUGAUAAAUUGUUAUUUCUUUUUUUUUUUUUAAUCAUUGUAUUUAUUUAUAUAAAUAAAUUUAGUUCUUCAGAAUGUUUGGGUAAAUUUUGACAACUUUGAAUUUAGUUGAUCUAUUGAUAACAAUUUUUUUUCUACAUUUUAGAAGAGAAUAGAAAGUAUGUCUAUGUCUUUCAUUGAUUGUAGCUUUCACUUCGAAGAUCUUUUAUUAAAACCCAUGUGAACACUAACCUUGUUGUAAGAUGUACAGUACAAAUGUUGCCAGGACUAGUUAAUUUUUUAGAAAUUUUUUUAUUUUUUUGAUAUAUUAUAUUUAGCUACAUAAUAACAUUAAGUUUGAAUCAAAGGAAUUGUACAUUUAAAUGGUGUUUCAAAAUAAAAAAAAACACGAAUAAAUUGAAAAGAAAACAAAAUAUAAUGAAAA